CAACAGGGAGGUGCAGAAGGCUGAAGAGAGCAAAGUCCCUGAGGACUCACUGGAGGAAUGUGCCAUCACUUGUUCAAAUAGCCACGGCCCUUGUGACUCCAACCAGCCUCACAAGAACAUCAAAAUCACAUUUGAGGAAGACGAAGUCAACUCACCUCUGGUUGUAGACAGAGAAUCCUCUCAUGGUGAAUGUCAGGAUGCUCUAAACAUUCUCCCAGAAUAUGAAGAGUGCGAAGACCUCAUAAAAUCUAUGCUGAGGAAUGAGCGACGACAGUUCAAGGAGGAGAAGCUUGCGGAGCAGCUCAAGCAAGCUGAGGAGCUCAGGCAAUAUAAAGUCCUGGCUCACUCUCAGGAACGAGAGCUGACCCAGUUAAAGGAGAAGUUACGGGAAGGGAGAGAUGCCGCCCGCUCAUUGAAUGAGCAUCUCCAGGCCCUCCUCACUCCGGAUGAGCCGGACAAGUCCCAGGGGCAGGACCUCCAAGAACAGCUGGCUGAGGGGUGUAGACUGGCACAGCAACUUGUCCAAAAGCUCAGCCCAGAAAAUGACGAAGAUGUUCAAGUUGAGGAGGCUGAGAAAGUGCAGAAAUCAUCUCCCCCCAGGGAGGUGCAGAAGGCUGAAGAGAGCAAAGUCCCUGAGGACUCACUGGAGGAAUGUGCCAUCACUUGUUCAAAUAGCCACGGCCCUUGUGACUCCAACCAGCCUCACAAGAACAUCAAAAUCACAUUUGAGGAAGACGAAGUCAACUCACCUCUGGUUGUAGACAGAGAAUCCUCUCAUGGUGAAUGUCAGGAUGCUCUAAACAUUCUCCCAGAAUAUGAAGAGUGCGAAGACCUCAUAAAAUCUAUGCUGAGGAAUGAGCGACGACAGUUCAAGGAGGAGAAGCUUGCGGAGCAGCUCAAGCAAGCUGAGGAGCUCAGGCAAUAUAAAGUCCUGGCUCACUCUCAGGAACGAGAGCUGACCCAGUUAAAGGAGAAGUUACGGGAAGGGAGAGAUGCCGCCCGCUCAUUGAAUGAGCAUCUCCAGGCCCUCCUCACUCCGGAUGAGCCGGACAAGUCCCAGGGGCAGGACCUCCAAGAACAGCUGGCUGAGGGGUGUAGACUGGCACAGCAACUUGUCCAAAAGCUCAGCCCAGAAAAUGACGAAGAUGUUCAAGUUGAGGAGGCUGAGAAAGUGCAGAAAUCAUCUCCCCCCAGGGAGGUGCAGAAGGCUGAAGAGAGCAAAGUCCCUGAGGACUCACUGGAGGAAUGUGCCAUCACUUGUUCAAAUAGCCACGGCCCUUGUGACUCCAACCAGCCUCACAAGAACAUCAAAAUCACAUUUGAGGAAGACGAAGUCAACUCACCUCUGGUUGUAGACAGAGAAUCCUCUCAUGGUGAAUGUCAGGAUGCUCUAAACAUUCUCCCAGAAUAUGAAGAGUGCGAAGACCUCAUAAAAUCUAUGCUGAGGAAUGAGCGACGACAGUUCAAGGAGGAGAAGCUUGCGGAGCAGCUCAAGCAAGCUGAGGAGCUCAGGCAAUAUAAAGUCCUGGCUCACUCUCAGGAACGAGAGCUGACCCAGUUAAAGGAGAAGUUACGGGAAGGGAGAGAUGCCGCCCGCUCAUUGAAUGAGCAUCUCCAGGCCCUCCUCACUCCGGAUGAGCCGGACAAGUCCCAGGGGCAGGACCUCCAAGAACAGCUGGCUGAGGGGUGUAGACUGGCACAGCAAUUUGUCCAAAAGCUCAGCCCAGAAAAUGACGAAGAUGUUCAAGUUGAGGAGGCUGAGAAAGUGCAGAAAUCAUCUCCCCCCAGGGAGGUGCAGAAGGCUGAAGAGAGCAAAGUCCCUGAGGACUCACUGGAGGAAUGUGCCAUCACUUGUUCAAAUAGCCACGGCCCUUGUGACUCCAACCAGCCUCACAAGAACAUCAAAAUCACAUUUGAGGAAGACGAAGUCAACUCACCUCUGGUUGUAGACAGAGAAUCCUCUCAUGGUGAAUGUCAGGAUGCUCUAAACAUUCUCCCAGAAUAUGAAGAGUGCGAAGACCUCAUAAAAUCUAUGCUGAGGAAUGAGCGACGACAGUUCAAGGAGGAGAAGCUUGCGGAGCAGCUCAAGCAAGCUGAGGAGCUCAGGCAAUAUAAAGUCCUGGCUCACUCUCAGGAACGAGAGCUGACCCAGUUAAAGGAGAAGUUACGGGAAGGGAGAGAUGCCGCCCGCUCAUUGAAUGAGCAUCUCCAGGCCCUCCUCACUCCGGAUGAGCCGGACAAGUCCCAGGGGCAGGACCUCCAAGAACAGCUGGCUGAGGGGUGUAGACUGGCACAGCAACUUGUCCAAAAGCUCAGCCCAGAAAAUGACGAAGAUGUUCAAGUUGAGGAGGCUGAGAAAGUGCAGAAAUCAUCUCCCCCCAGGGAGGUGCAGAAGGCUGAAGAGAGCAAAGUCCCUGAGGACUCACUGGAGGAAUGUGCCAUCACUUGUUCAAAUAGCCACGGCCCUUGUGACUCCAACCAGCCUCACAAGAACAUCAAAAUCACAUUUGAGGAAGACGAAGUCAACUCACCUCUGGUUGUAGACAGAGAAUCCUCUCAUGGUGAAUGUCAGGAUGCUCUAAACAUUCUCCCAGAAUAUGAAGAGUGCGAAGACCUCAUAAAAUCUAUGCUGAGGAAUGAGCGACGACAGUUCAAGGAGGAGAAGCUUGCGGAGCAGCUCAAGCAAGCUGAGGAGCUCAGGCAAUAUAAAGUCCUGGCUCACUCUCAGGAACGAGAGCUGACCCAGUUAAAGGAGAAGUUACGGGAAGGGAGAGAUGCCGCCCGCUCAUUGAAUGAGCAUCUCCAGGCCCUCCUCACUCCGGAUGAGCCGGACAAGUCCCAGGGGCAGGACCUCCAAGAACAGCUGGCUGAGGGGUGUAGACUGGCACAGCAACUUGUCCAAAAGCUCAGCCCAGAAAAUGACGAAGAUGUUCAAGUUGAGGAGGCUGAGAAAGUGCAGAAAUCAUCUCCCCCCAGGGAGGUGCAGAAGGCUGAAGAGAGCAAAGUCCCUGAGGACUCACUGGAGGAAUGUGCCAUCACUUGUUCAAAUAGCCACGGCCCUUGUGACUCCAACCAGCCUCACAAGAACAUCAAAAUCACAUUUGAGGAAGACGAAGUCAACUCACCUCUGGUUGUAGACAGAGAAUCCUCUCAUGGUGAAUGUCAGGAUGCUCUAAACAUUCUCCCAGAAUAUGAAGAGUGCGAAGACCUCAUAAAAUCUAUGCUGAGGAAUGAGCGACGACAGUUCAAGGAGGAGAAGCUUGCGGAGCAGCUCAAGCAAGCUGAGGAGCUCAGGCAAUAUAAAGUCCUGGCUCACUCUCAGGAACGAGAGCUGACCCAGUUAAAGGAGAAGUUACGGGAAGGGAGAGAUGCCGCCCGCUCAUUGAAUGAGCAUCUCCAGGCCCUCCUCACUCCGGAUGAGCCGGACAAGUCCCAGGGGCAGGACCUCCAAGAACAGCUGGCUGAGGGGUGUAGACUGGCACAGCAACUUGUCCAAAAGCUCAGCCCAGAAAAUGACGAAGAUGUUCAAGUUGAGGAGGCUGAGAAAGUGCAGAAAUCAUCUCCCCCCAGGGAGGUGCAGAAGGCUGAAGAGAGCAAAGUCCCUGAGGACUCACUGGAGGAAUGUGCCAUCACUUGUUCAAAUAGCCACGGCCCUUGUGACUCCAACCAGCCUCACAAGAACAUCAAAAUCACAUUUGAGGAAGACGAAGUCAACUCACCUCUGGUUGUAGACAGAGAAUCCUCUCAUGGUGAAUGUCAGGAUGCUCUAAACAUUCUCCCAGAAUAUGAAGAGUGCGAAGACCUCAUAAAAUCUAUGCUGAGGAAUGAGCGACGACAGUUCAAGGAGGAGAAGCUUGCGGAGCAGCUCAAGCAAGCUGAGGAGCUCAGGCAAUAUAAAGUCCUGGCUCACUCUCAGGAACGAGAGCUGACCCAGUUAAAGGAGAAGUUACGGGAAGGGAGAGAUGCCGCCCGCUCAUUGAAUGAGCAUCUCCAGGCCCUCCUCACUCCGGAUGAGCCGGACAAGUCCCAGGGGCAGGACCUCCAAGAACAGCUGGCUGAGGGGUGUAGACUGGCACAGCAACUUGUCCAAAAGCUCAGCCCAGAAAAUGACGAAGAUGUUCAAGUUGAGGAGGCUGAGAAAGUGCAGAAAUCAUCUCCCCCCAGGGAGGUGCAGAAGGCUGAAGAGAGCAAAGUCCCUGAGGACUCACUGGAGGAAUGUGCCAUCACUUGUUCAAAUAGCCACGGCCCUUGUGACUCCAACCAGCCUCACAAGAACAUCAAAAUCACAUUUGAGGAAGACGAAGUCAACUCACCUCUGGUUGUAGACAGAGAAUCCUCUCAUGGUGAAUGUCAGGAUGCUCUAAACAUUCUCCCAGAAUAUGAAGAGUGCGAAGACCUCAUAAAAUCUAUGCUGAGGAAUGAGCGACGACAGUUCAAGGAGGAGAAGCUUGCGGAGCAGCUCAAGCAAGCUGAGGAGCUCAGGCAAUAUAAAGUCCUGGCUCACUCUCAGGAACGAGAGCUGACCCAGUUAAAGGAGAAGUUACGGGAAGGGAGAGAUGCCGCCCGCUCAUUGAAUGAGCAUCUCCAGGCCCUCCUCACUCCGGAUGAGCCGGACAAGUCCCAGGGGCAGGACCUCCAAGAACAGCUGGCUGAGGGGUGUAGACUGGCACAGCAACUUGUCCAAAAGCUCAGCCCAGAAAAUGACGAAGAUGUUCAAGUUGAGGAGGCUGAGAAAGUGCAGAAAUCAUCUCCCCCCAGGGAGGUGCAGAAGGCUGAAGAGAGCAAAGUCCCUGAGGACUCACUGGAGGAAUGUGCCAUCACUUGUUCAAAUAGCCACGACCCUUGUGACUCCAACCAGCCUCACAAGAACAUCAAAAUCACAUUUGAGGAAGACGAAGUCAACUCACCUCUGGUUGUAGACAGAGAAUCCUCUCAUGGUGAAUGUCAGGAUGCUCUAAACAUUCUCCCAGAAUAUGAAGAGUGCGAAGACCUCAUAAAAUCUAUGCUGAGGAAUGAGCGACGACAGUUCAAGGAGGAGAAGCUUGCGGAGCAGCUCAAGCAAGCUGAGGAGCUCAGGCAAUAUAAAGUCCUGGCUCACUCUCAGGAACGAGAGCUGACCCAGUUAAAGGAGAAGUUAUGGGAAGGGAGAGAUGCCGCCCGCUCAUUGAAUGAGCAUGUCCAGGCCCUCCUCACUCCGGAUGAGCCGGACAAGUCCCAGGGGCAGGACCUCCAAGAACAGCUGGCUGAGGGGUGUAGACUGGCACAGCAACUUGUCCAAAAGCUCAGCCCAGAAAAUGACGAAGAUGUUCAAGUUGAGGAGGCUGAGAAAGUGCAGAAAUCAUCUCCCCCCAGGGAGGUGCAGAAGGCUGAAGAGAGCAAAGUCCCUGAGGACUCACUGGAGGAAUGUGCCAUCACUUGUUCAAAUAGCCACGGCCCUUGUGACUCCAACCAGCCUCACAAGAACAUCAAAAUCACAUUUGAGGAAGACGAAGUCAACUCACCUCUGGUUGUAGACAGAGAAUCCUCUCAUGGUGAAUGUCAGGAUGCUCUAAACAUUCUCCCAGUCCCUGGCCCCACCUCUUCUGCCACAAACGUCAGCAUGGUGGUAUCAGCCGGCCCUUUGUCCAGCGAGUAGGCAGAGAUGAACAUUCUAGAAAUCAACGAGAAAUUGCGCGCCCAGCUGGCAGAGAAGAAACAGCAGUUCAGAAGCCUCCAAGAGAAAUGUUUUGUAACUCAACUGGCCGGCUUCCUGGCCAACGGACAGAAGAAAUACAAAUAUGAAGAGUGCGAAGACCUCAUAAAAUCUAUGCUGAGGAAUGAGCGACGACAGUUCAAGGAGGAGAAGCUUGCGGAGCAGCUCAAGCAAGCUGAGGAGCUCAGGCAAUAUAAAGUCCUGGUUCACUCUCAGGAACGAGAGCUGACCCAGUUAAAGGAGAAGUUACGGGAAGGGAGAGAUGCCGCCCGCUCAUUGAAUGAGCAUCUCCAGGCCCUCCUCACUCCGGAUGAGCCGGACAAGUCCCAGGGGCAGGACCUCCAAGAACAGCUGGCUGAGGGGUGUAGACUGGCACAGCAACUUGUCCAAAAGCUCAGCCCAGAAAAUGACGAAGAUGUUCAAGUUGAGGAGGCUGAGAAAGUGCAGAAAUCAUCUCCCCCCAGGGAGGUGCAGAAGGCUGAAGAGAGCAAAGUCCCUGAGGACUCACUGGAGGAAUGUGCCAUCACUUGUUCAAAUAGCCACGGCCCUUGUGACUCCAACCAGCCUCACAAGAACAUCAAAAUCACAUUUGAGGAAGACGAAGUCAACUCAACUCUGGUUGUAGACACAGAAUCCUCUCAUGGUGAAUGUCAGGAUGCUCUAAACAUUCUCCCAGUCCCUGGCCCCACCUCUUCUGCCACAAACGUCAGCAUGGUGGUAUCAGCCGGCCCUUUGUCCAGCGAGAAGGCAGAGAUGAACAUUCUAGAAAUCAAUGAGAAAUUGCGCCCCCAGCUGGCAGAGAAGAAACAGCAGUUCAGAAGCCUCCAAGAGAAAUGUUUUGUAACUCAACUGGCCGGCUUCCUGGCCAACGGACAGAAGAAAUACAAAUAUGAAGAGUGCGAAGACCUCAUAAAAUCUAUGCUGAGGAAUGAGCGACGACAGUUCAAGGAGGAGAAGCUUGCGGAGCAGCUCAAGCAAGCUGAGGAGCUCAGGCAAUAUAAAGUCCUGGUUCACUCUCAGGAACGAGAGCUGACCCAGUUAAAGGAGAAGUUACGGGAAGGGAGAGAUGCCGCCCGCUCAUUGAAUGAGCAUCUCCGGGCCCUCCUCACUCCGGAUGAGCCGGACAAGUCCCAGGGGCAGGACCUCCAAGAACAGCUGGCUGAGGGGUGUAGACUGGCACAGCAACUUGUCCAAAAGCUCAGCCCAGAAAAUGACGAAGAUGUUCAAGUUGAGGAGGCUGAGAAAGUGCAGAAAUCAUCUCCCCCCAGGGAGGUGCAGAAGGCUGAAGAGAGCAAAGUCCCUGAGGACUCACUGGAGGAAUGUGCCAUCACUUGUUCAAAUAGCCACGGCCCUUGUGACUCCAACCAGCCUCACAAGAACAUCAAAAUCACAUUUGAGGAAGACGAAGUCAACUCAACUCUGGUUGUAGACACAGAAUCCUCUCAUGGUGAAUGUCAGGAUGCUCUAAACAUUCUCCCAGUCCCUGGCCCCACCUCUUCUGCCACAAACGUCAGCAUGGUGGUAUCAGCCGGCCCUUUGUCCAGCGAGAAGGCAGAGAUGAACAUUCUAGAAAUCAAUGAGAAAUUGCGCCCCCAGCUGGCAGAGAAGAAACAGCAGUUCAGAAGCCUCCAAGAGAAAUGUUUUGUAACUCAACUGGCCGGCUUCCUGGCCAACGGACAGAAGAAAUACAAAUAUGAAGAGUGCGAAGACCUCAUAAAAUCUAUGCUGAGGAAUGAGCGACGACAGUUCAAGGAGGAGAAGCUUGCGGAGCAGCUCAAGCAAGCUGAGGAGCUCAGGCAAUAUAAAGUCCUGGUUCACUCUCAGGAACGAGAGCUGACCCAGUUAAAGGAGAAGUUACGGGAAGGGAGAGAUGCCGCCCGCUCAUUGAAUGAGCAUCUCCGGGCCCUCCUCACUCCGGAUGAGCCGGACAAGUCCCAGGGGCAGGACCUCCAAGAACAGCUGGCUGAGGGGUGUAGACUGGCACAGCAACUUGUCCAAAAGCUCAGCCCAGAAAAUGACGAAGAUGUUCAAGUUGAGGAGGCUGAGAAAGUGCAGAAAUCAUCUCCCCCCAGGGAGGUGCAGAAGGCUGAAGAGAGCAAAGUCCCUGAGGACUCACUGGAGGAAUGUGCCAUCACUUGUUCAAAUAGCCACGGCCCUUGUGACUCCAACCAGCCUCACAAGAACAUCAAAAUCACAUUUGAGGAAGACGAAGUCAACUCAACUCUGGUUGUAGACACAGAAUCCUCUCAUGGUGAAUGUCAGGAUGCUCUAAACAUUCUCCCAGUCCCUGGCCCCACCUCUUCUGCCACAAACGUCAGCAUGGUGGUAUCAGCCGGCCCUUUGUCCAGCGAGAAGGCAGAGAUGAACAUUCUAGAAAUCAAUGAGAAAUUGCGCCCCCAGCUGGCAGAGAAGAAACAGCAGUUCAGAAGCCUCCAAGAGAAAUGUUUUGUAACUCAACUGGCCGGCUUCCUGGCCAACGGACAGAAGAAAUACAAAUAUGAAGAGUGCGAAGACCUCAUAAAAUCUAUGCUGAGGAAUGAGCGACGACAGUUCAAGGAGGAGAAGCUUGCGGAGCAGCUCAAGCAAGCUGAGGAGCUCAGGCAAUAUAAAGUCCUGGUUCACUCUCAGGAACGAGAGCUGACCCAGUUAAAGGAGAAGUUACGGGAAGGGAGAGAUGCCGCCCGCUCAUUGAAUGAGCAUCUCCGGGCCCUCCUCACUCCGGAUGAGCCGGACAAGUCCCAGGGGCAGGACCUCCAAGAACAGCUGGCUGAGGGGUGUAGACUGGCACAGCAACUUGUCCAAAAGCUCAGCCCAGAAAAUGACGAAGAUGUUCAAGUUGAGGAGGCUGAGAAAGUGCAGAAAUCAUCUCCCCCCAGGGAGGUGCAGAAGGCUGAAGAGAGCAAAGUCCCUGAGGACUCACUGGAGGAAUGUGCCAUCACUUGUUCAAAUAGCCACGGCCCUUGUGACUCCAACCAGCCUCACAAGAACAUCAAAAUCACAUUUGAGGAAGACGAAGUCAACUCAACUCUGGUUGUAGACACAGAAUCCUCUCAUGGUGAAUGUCAGGAUGCUCUAAACAUUCUCCCAGUCCCUGGCCCCACCUCUUCUGCCACAAACGUCAGCAUGGUGGUAUCAGCCGGCCCUUUGUCCAGCGAGAAGGCAGAGAUGAACAUUCUAGAAAUCAAUGAGAAAUUGCGCCCCCAGCUGGCAGAGAAGAAACAGCAGUUCAGAAGCCUCCAAGAGAAAUGUUUUGUAACUCAACUGGCCGGCUUCCUGGCCAACGGACAGAAGAAAUACAAAUAUGAAGAGUGCGAAGACCUCAUAAAAUCUAUGCUGAGGAAUGAGCGACGACAGUUCAAGGAGGAGAAGCUUGCGGAGCAGCUCAAGCAAGCUGAGGAGCUCAGGCAAUAUAAAGUCCUGGUUCACUCUCAGGAACGAGAGCUGACCCAGUUAAAGGAGAAGUUACGGGAAGGGAGAGAUGCCGCCCGCUCAUUGAAUGAGCAUCUCCGGGCCCUCCUCACUCCGGAUGAGCCGGACAAGUCCCAGGGGCAGGACCUCCAAGAACAGCUGGCUGAGGGGUGUAGACUGGCACAGCAACUUGUCCAAAAGCUCAGCCCAGAAAAUGACGAAGAUGUUCAAGUUGAGGAGGCUGAGAAAGUGCAGAAAUCAUCUCCCCCCAGGGAGGUGCAGAAGGCUGAAGAGAGCAAAGUCCCUGAGGACUCACUGGAGGAAUGUGCCAUCACUUGUUCAAAUAGCCACGGCCCUUGUGACUCCAACCAGCCUCACAAGAACAUCAAAAUCACAUUUGAGGAAGACGAAGUCAACUCAACUCUGGUUGUAGACACAGAAUCCUCUCAUGGUGAAUGUCAGGAUGCUCUAAACAUUCUCCCAGUCCCUGGCCUCACCUCUUCUGCCACAAACGUCAGCAUGGUGGUAUCAGCCGGCCCUUUGUCCAGCGAGAAGGCAGAGAUGAACAUUCUAGAAAUCAAUGAGAAAUUGCGCCCCCAGCUGGCAGAGAAGAAACAGCAGUUCAGAAGCCUCCAAGAGAAAUGUUUUGUAACUCAACUGGCCGGCUUCCUGGCCAACGGACAGAAGAAAUACAAAUAUGAAGAGUGCGAAGACCUCAUAAAAUCUAUGCUGAGGAAUGAGCGACGACAGUUCAAGGAGGAGAAGCUUGCGGAGCAGCUCAAGCAAGCUGAGGAGCUCAGGCAAUAUAAAGUCCUGGUUCACUCUCAGGAACGAGAGCUGACCCAGUUAAAGGAGAAGUUACGGGAAGGGAGAGAUGCCGCCCGCUCAUUGAAUGAGCAUCUCCGGGCCCUCCUCACUCCGGAUGAGCCGGACAAGUCCCAGGGGCAGGACCUCCAAGAACAGCUGGCUGAGGGGUGUAGACUGGCACAGCAACUUGUCCAAAAGCUCAGCCCAGAAAAUGACGAAGAUGUUCAAGUUGAGGAGGCUGAGAAAGUGCAGAAAUCAUCUCCCCCCAGGGAGGUGCAGAAGGCUGAAGAGAGCAAAGUCCCUGAGGACUCACUGGAGGAAUGUGCCAUCACUUGUUCAAAUAGCCACGGCCCUUGUGACUCCAACCAGCCUCACAAGAACAUCAAAAUCACAUUUGAGGAAGACGAAGUCAACUCAACUCUGGUUGUAGACACAGAAUCCUCUCAUGGUGAAUGUCAGGAUGCUCUAAACAUUCUCCCAGUCCCUGGCCUCACCUCUUCUGCCACAAACGUCAGCAUGGUGGUAUCAGCCGGCCCUUUGUCCAGCGAGAAGGCAGAGAUGAACAUUCUAGAAAUCAAUGAGAAAUUGCGCCCCCAGCUGGCAGAGAAGAAACAGCAGUUCAGAAGCCUCCAAGAGAAAUGUUUUGUAACUCAACUGGCCGGCUUCCUGGCCAACGGACAGAAGAAAUACAAAUAUGAAGAGUGCGAAGACCUCAUAAAAUCUAUGCUGAGGAAUGAGCGACGACAGUUCAAGGAGGAGAAGCUUGCGGAGCAGCUCAAGCAAGCUGAGGAGCUCAGGCAAUAUAAAGUCCUGGUUCACUCUCAGGAACGAGAGCUGACCCAGUUAAAGGAGAAGUUACGGGAAGGGAGAGAUGCCGCCCGCUCAUUGAAUGAGCAUCUCCGGGCCCUCCUCACUCCGGAUGAGCCGGACAAGUCCCAGGGGCAGGACCUCCAAGAACAGCUGGCUGAGGGGUGUAGACUGGCACAGCAACUUGUCCAAAAGCUCAGCCCAGAAAAUGACGAAGAUGUUCAAGUUGAGGAGGCUGAGAAAGUGCAGAAAUCAUCUCCCCCCAGGGAGGUGCAGAAGGCUGAAGAGAGCAAAGUCCCUGAGGACUCACUGGAGGAAUGUGCCAUCACUUGUUCAAAUAGCCACGGCCCUUGUGACUCCAACCAGCCUCACAAGAACAUCAAAAUCACAUUUGAGGAAGACGAAGUCAACUCAACUCUGGUUGUAGACACAGAAUCCUCUCAUGGUGAAUGUCAGGAUGCUCUAAACAUUCUCCCAGUCCCUGGCCCCACCUCUUCUGCCACAAACGUCAGCAUGGUGGUAUCAGCCGGCCCUUUGUCCAGCGAGAAGGCAGAGAUGAACAUUCUAGAAAUCAAUGAGAAAUUGCGCCCCCAGCUGGCAGAGAAGAAACAGCAGUUCAGAAGCCUCCAAGAGAAAUGUUUUGUAACUCAACUGGCCGGCUUCCUGGCCAACGGACAGAAGAAAUACAAAUAUGAAGAGUGCGAAGACCUCAUAAAAUCUAUGCUGAGGAAUGAGCGACGACAGUUCAAGGAGGAGAAGCUUGCGGAGCAGCUCAAGCAAGCUGAGGAGCUCAGGCAAUAUAAAGUCCUGGUUCACUCUCAGGAACGAGAGCUGACCCAGUUAAAGGAGAAGUUACGGGAAGGGAGAGAUGCCGCCCGCUCAUUGAAUGAGCAUCUCCGGGCCCUCCUCACUCCGGAUGAGCCGGACAAGUCCCAGGGGCAGGACCUCCAAGAACAGCUGGCUGAGGGGUGUAGACUGGCACAGCAACUUGUCCAAAAGCUCAGCCCAGAAAAUGACGAAGAUGUUCAAGUUGAGGAGGCUGAGAAAGUGCAGAAAUCAUCUCCCCCCAGGGAGGUGCAGAAGGCUGAAGAGAGCAAAGUCCCUGAGGACUCACUGGAGGAAUGUGCCAUCACUUGUUCAAAUAGCCACGGCCCUUGUGACUCCAACCAGCCUCACAAGAACAUCAAAAUCACAUUUGAGGAAGACGAAGUCAACUCAACUCUGGUUGUAGACACAGAAUCCUCUCAUGGUGAAUGUCAGGAUGCUCUAAACAUUCUCCCAGUCCCUGGCCUCACCUCUUCUGCCACAAACGUCAGCAUGGUGGUAUCAGCCGGCCCUUUGUCCAGCGAGAAGGCAGAGAUGAACAUUCUAGAAAUCAAUGAGAAAUUGCGCCCCCAGCUGGCAGAGAAGAAACAGCAGUUCAGAAGCCUCCAAGAGAAAUGUUUUGUAACUCAACUGGCCGGCUUCCUGGCCAACGGACAGAAGAAAUACAAAUAUGAAGAGUGCGAAGACCUCAUAAAAUCUAUGCUGAGGAAUGAGCGACGACAGUUCAAGGAGGAGAAGCUUGCGGAGCAGCUCAAGCAAGCUGAGGAGCUCAGGCAAUAUAAAGUCCUGGUUCACUCUCAGGAACGAGAGCUGACCCAGUUAAAGGAGAAGUUACGGGAAGGGAGAGAUGCCGCCCGCUCAUUGAAUGAGCAUCUCCGGGCCCUCCUCACUCCGGAUGAGCCGGACAAGUCCCAGGGGCAGGACCUCCAAGAACAGCUGGCUGAGGGGUGUAGACUGGCACAGCAACUUGUCCAAAAGCUCAGCCCAGAAAAUGACAACGAUGACGAUGAAGAUGUUCAAGUUGAGGUGGCUGAGAAAGUACAGAAAUCGUCUGCCCCCAGGGAUAUGCAGAAGGCUGAAGAAAAGGAAGUCCCUGAGGACUCACUGGAGGAAUGUGCCAUCACUUGUUCAAAUAGCCAUGGCCCUUAUGACUCCAACCAGCCACAUAGGAAAACCAAAAUCACAUUUGAGGAAGACAAAGUCGACUCAACUCUCAUUGGCUCAUCCUCUCAUGUUGAAUGGGAGGAUGAUGUACACAUUAUUCCAGAAAAUGAAAGUGAUGAUGAGGAAGAGGAAGAAAAAGGGCCAGUGUCUCCCAGGAAUCUGCAGGAGUCUGAAGAGGAGGAAGUCCCCCAGGAGUCCUGGGAUGAAGGUUAUUCGACUCUCUCAAUUCCUCCUGAAAUGUUGGCCUCGUACCAGUCUUACAGCAGCACAUUUCACUCAUUAGAGGAACAGCAAGUCUGCAUGGCUGUUGACAUAGGCAGACAUCAGUGGGAUCAAGUGAAAAAGGAGGACCAAGAGGCAACAGGUCCCAGGCUCAGCAGGGAGCUGCUGGAGGUAGUAGAGCCUGAAGUCUUGCAGGACUCACUGGAUAGAUGUUAUUCAACUCCUUCCAGUUGUCUUGAACAGCCUGACUCCUGCCAGGCCUAUGGAAGUUCGUUUUAUGCAUUGGAGGAAAAACAUGUUGGCUUUUCUCUUGACGUGGGAGAAAUUGAAAAGAAGGGGAAGGGGAAGAAAAGAAGGGGAAGAAGAUCCAAGAAGAAAAGAAGAAGGGGAAGAAAAGAAGGGGAAGAAGAUCAAAACCCACCAUGCCCCAGGCUCAAUGGCGGGCUGAUGGAAGUGGAAGAGCCUGAAGUCUUACAGGACUCACUGGAUAGAUGUUAUUCAACUCCGUCAAUGUACUUUGAACUACCUGACUCAUUCCAGCACUACCGAAGUGUGUUUUACUCAUUUGAGGAACAGCACAUCAGCUUCGCCCUUUACGUGGACAAUAGGUUUUUUACUUUGACGGUGACAAGUCUCCACCUGGUGUUCCAGAUGGAAGUCAUAUUCCCACAAUAAGCAGCCCUUACUAAGCCCAGAGAUGUCAUUCCUGCAGGCAGGACCUAUAGGCACGUGAAGAUUUGAAUGAAAGUACAGUUCCAUUUGGAAGCCCAGACAUAGGAUGGGUCAGUGGGCAUGGCUCUAUUCCUAUUCUCAAACCAUGCCAGUGGCAACCUGUGCUCAGUCUGAAGACAAUGGACCCACGUUAGCUGUGACACAUUCACAUAACUGUGCAGCACAUGCCGGGAGUGAUCAGUCAGACAUUUUAAUUUGAACCACGUAUCUCUGGGUAGCUACAAAAUUUCUCAGGGAUUUCAUUUUGCAGGCAUGUCUCUGAGCUUCUAUAUCUGCUCAAGGUCAGUGUCAUCUUUGUGUUUAGCUCAUCCAAAGGUGUUACCCUGGUUUCAAUGAACCUAACCUCAUUGUUUGUGUCUUCAGUGUUGGCUUGUUUUAGCUGAUCUAUCUGUAACACAGGAGGGAUCCUUGGCUGAGGAUUGUAUUUCAGAACCACCAACUGCUCUUGACAAUUGUUAACCCGCUAGGCUCCUUUGGUUAGAGAAGCCACAGUCCUUCAGCCUCCAAUUGGUGUCAGUACUUAGGAAGACCACAGCUAGAUGGACAAACAGCAUUGGGAGGCCUUAGCCCUGCUCCUCUCAAUUCCAUCCUGUAGAGAACAGGAGGCAGGAGCCGCUGGCAGGAGACAGCAUGUCACCCAGGACUCUGCCGGUGCAGAAUAUGAACAAUGCCAUGUUCUUGCAGAAAACGCUUAGCCUGAGUUUCAUAGGAGGUAAUCACCAGACCACUGCAGAAUGUAGAACACUGAGCAGGACAACUGACCUGUCUCCUUCACAUAGUCCAUAUCACCACAAAUCACACAACAAAAAGGAGAAGAGAUAUUUUGGGUUCAAAAAAAGUAAAAAGAUAAUGUAGCUGCAUUUCUUUAAUUAUUUUGAACCCCAAAUAUUUCCUCAUCUUUUUAUUGUUGUCAUGGAUGGUGGUGACAUGGACUUGUUUAUAGAGGACAGGUCAGCUGUCUGGCUCAAUGAUCUACAUUCUGAAGUUGUCUGAAAAUGUCUUCAUGAUUAAAUUCAGCCUAAACGUUUUGCCGGGAACACUGCAGAGACAAUGCUGUGAGUUCCCAACCUCAGCCCAUCUGCGGGCAGAGAAGGUCUAGUUUGUCCAUCACCAUUAUGAUAUCAGGACUGGUUACUUGGUUAAGGAGGGGUCUAGGAGAUCUGUCCCUUUUAGAGACACCUUACUUAUAAUGAAGUACUUGGGAAAGCGGUUUUCAAGAGUAUAAAUAUCCUGUAUUCUAAUGAUCAUCCUCUAAACAUUUUAUCAUUUAUUAAUCCUCCCUGUGUCUAUUAUUAUAUUCAUAUCUCUACACUGCAAAUUUUGGGUCUCAAUUUUUACUGUGCCUUUGUUUUUACUAGUGUCUGCUGUUGCAAAAAGAAGAAAACAUUCUCUGAGUUUUAAUUUUUGUCCAAAGCUAAUUUUAAUCUAUACAAUUAAAACCUUUUGCCUAUCA